GGCGUGGUCAGUACUAAUGUUGUGCUCGAGUGCAGCUCUGGACGGGCUCCUUCUGAACUACACGACUGCAGAGAAACAUCCGAAAUUCUAUUCUGUAACCAGAAGCUGCUCCAAUGAUUUGUAUACUUCUGGUCGCCGGUCACGGCACAGUUUUAGAGACUGAAAUUAAGCAGAAUGAUGAGACAGGCUUGUACAGUCACUUAAUCGGAGUACCAAAGAGCUUGCUUCCAGGCAUCGGAGGAAUGAAGAUUUUGGACUUCUGGUGGAAAACGGUCAACAUGCGUCAGUUAUUUACAGAGGUGUAUAUUGUCACUAAUGCAGACAAGUACAAGUAUUUUGAGCGCUGGGCAACAGCUAAUGAUUUUCCAGUGGAAAACAUAAUAAAUGAUGGCAGCACUACACUGAGUGACUCUCUUGGCGCUGUGGCUGAUCUGGAGCUGGUCAUUCGCAGCCGCAAGCUGCAAGAUGACAUCAUGGUGAUAGCAGGAGACAUGUUGUGUGAAGACCAAAACUUUGACGUCGCUCAAGUGAUCCGUUUCUUCCGUUCAAAGCCUGGAGAGCUGAUCAUCUACUAUGAGAUGGAAAAAGGAGAGAAAAGCACCUCCAGAGGCAUUGUAGAAGUCUGCCCUGAUUCCCAUCGGAUAAUUCGUUUCUUGGAGAAAGCCAAGGAUGGGCUCACAUCUUCUCGAUUGGCCAGCGUGGUGUUUUACUGCAUCCAGAAAGAGACUCUACCCGUCCUAUCUGACAUCCUUAGUCAGAUGGAAGUCACAGACGGGUCCUUUGGAAGAUUCUGGGAGGAAGUGAUUAAUAAGAAUCUCCUUGAUGUGUUUGGAAUGAAGCUUCCAACUGGUUUCCAGCUAAUAGGACAAGUGACACUGUCAGACUACACCAAGUGGCUCAAUUGUUUCUCUGCCAAACAACAAGACAAAUCAUCCAAACCAAUCACAUGUCGGUCUUAUGCCAGGGUUGGAUUAAUCGGAAAUCCAUCAGACGGUUUUAAUGGAAAAACCAUCGCUAUGACUAUCAACAACUUCUGGGCUGAUGUCACCCUAGUGAAAAGCCAAACUUUGGUUCUCCUUCCUCACCCACUUAAUGACCCCACAGAGUUUGGAAGCUUGCAAGAUUUGUUCAGUAUCAGUAGAAAAGAAGGGUACCUUGGAGGCCUUCGGCUUCUGCAAGCGACCUGUAAGAAGUUCUAUCAGUUCUGCUGCAAACAAGGCAUCGCGUUGACAAAGCAGAAUUUCACACUAAAGUAUGACACAAACAUUCCUCGACAAGUGGGCCUUGCUGGGAGCAGCGCCAUCGUCUCCGCUACACUGAAGAGUCUCAUGAAAUUUUACAACCUCACAGAUAAUGAUCUCCCAAAGCCAGUCCGAGCCAACUUUAUUCUCAAUGUGGAAACUGAUGAACUAUUCAUUACUGCAGGUCUUCAAGACAGAGUUGUGCAGGUCUACGAGGGUUUAGUGUACAUGGACUUCAGUAAAAACCUCAUGGAAGAGCAGGGCUACGGCAACUACAUCUCAUUGGAUAUGAGUAGCCUGCCUCAAUUCUGGUUGGCCUACUUAAAUGAUCCCAGUGACUCUGGGCGCAUUCAUAACAAUGUCCGACAACGCUGGCUCAGCGGAGAGCCUCUUGUGGUCGAAGCGAUGAAGACGUUUGCUGAAUUUACUGAUCAAGCCAGAGUUGCUCUAAUGGAUAAAAACUGGAACCAUCUAGCACAGCUAAUGGACCAGAACUUUGAGUUACGGAGGUCCGUGUACUCUGAUGAGUGCCUUGGUCCUGGCAACCUCAAGAUGGUGGCGUUAGCAAAGCAGUUUGGCUCCGCAGUGAAGUUACCAGGCAGUGGUGGCGCAGUGGUGGGAUUGUGUCUAGAUCCUGCAAAACUAGUGGAGAUGAGACAAGCUUUCCAGGAGGCUGGCUGUGUAUUCUGUGUUAUCACGCCAUACAACCCAUCUGCCAGCACUGGCAACAGUCAACUGUAACUGCUUCUGCAGGAUUCACGUCAGGCUGCUUAAAGCCAACAUUGGCCACUGGAGAAAUAUCCCCAAAUCUAAAAGCAAAUAUGUAAAUAGGUACUUGAACUUGAGCCGAUUAUACAUUUGUCCCCCAAGAUCAUAUCCAAUGUGUAUUAGAGAUGGCCUAUCGGCAUGUAGUUAAUACUACAAGGCUGGGAAAGCUUUACUAGUGUAUUGGUAAGUCAGUUGAGACCGACAAGCGCCACACAAUGAUACUGUUGCAGUCAUUUUCAAUCUUGAUACCAAGUUGACACGUCCCCUUCCUAAAACUGGCCAGACAAAAUGAUGGAAAACUGAAGUUUACCAGACAGGAAGGUUGCAAGUUAUCUGUCCAAGAAUGUGAAGAAUUUGGUCGUAUGUAUGAAGACAACGUGCCUCUAAUGAAAUGGUAUACAAGUAACACAAGAAGGUGUGAAACUCUGAACCUGUAUGCAGCAAAAUAAAUCAGGUUUUAGCAAACAGCUUGAAUACAGCCAUGUCACAAACAUUAUCUUUUUCUUCUUCUUUUUUUUU